CCUUCCUCCUGUGUAAGGAUCAUGGAGGAAGCCAUUUGUGGCAUAAGAAGGAACAGCAUUUGAAUUAGUUCCUGUACAAAGAUUCUGCUUCAAGAAGAAAGUCAAGGAGGUCUGUCUUGCAGAAUAGACUAUGGCAUCAUCACUGAAACAAUCUGCUGUCCUUGUCUCAAGACUGUCAUGUUGCUGUAUGCUGACUUGACUGCCAGAGAAGCAGUUUGUGGAUUAACACAUGAAUGAAUGGAAUUGGAUCUUAGGUUUAUACAACUAUGGCUGCUACAGUGAACUUGGAGCUGGAUCCCAUUUUUCUGAAAGCCCUGGGCUUUUUGCACUCAAAGAGUAAGGACUCUGCUGAAAAGCUGAAAGCACUUCUUGACGAGUCGUUGGCCAGAGGAACUGAUUCAAGUUACCGUCCCUCUCAGAAGGAAGUAGAGCAACCAAAAGUAUCUGUCACCAAACCCAUUAAGCAAGAGCCUAAAGCUUCAUCCAGUUUGCCUUCUGGCAACAAUAAUGGCAAGCCCACUGCAUCAGAAAAGGUGAAAAAAGAAACAGAAAAGAGAUCUGCAGAUAAAACAAAAGGGGAUCCUGCUGAAGGAGCUGAUGCACCAAAGAAGCCCAGAGUAGAGAAACAAGAGGCUCGUUCUUCUCCUAUUACAGUUCAGACGAGCAAAGAUUUAUCCAUGCCUGAUUUAUCUAGCUUUGAGGAAACCAGUGCUGAUGACUUUGCCAUGGAAAUGGGAUUAGCCUGUGUUGUUUGCAGGCAAAUGACAGUUACUUUUGUGAAUCAGCUAGUGGAGUGUCAGGAGUGCCAUAAUCUCUACCACCAGGAUUGCCAUAAACCUCAGGUGACAGACAAGGAAGUGAAUGAUCCUCGACUUGUCUGGUAUUGUGCCCGCUGUACCAGGCAGAUGAAGAGAAUGGCUCAGAAGACACAAAAACCACCUCAAAAACCAGCUCCUGCAGUGGUUUCAGUUGCACCAGCUUUGAAGGAUCCAUUGGUCAAGAAACCAGAAAUCAAGUUAAAACCUGAGACCCCACCAGCUUUUCUGGCAUUCAAAAGAACAGAAGUCAAGACCUCAGCGGCAGUUUCGGGGAACUCUGCCAGUACAAGCGUUUCCUCUUCAGCAACGAGUGGCCUUACAGGAUGGGCAGCUUUUGCAGCCAAAACCUCCUCUGCCAACCCAUCAACUGCCAAACUGGGAUCGACAGCACAGAGUGCCAGCGGGAAACCUGCAGCUUCUUCAAAUAACCAGAAACCCGUGGGUUUGUCAGGGCUGGCAACUUCAAAAACAGGAUUGGGGGCCAAAAUAGCUUCUGCCAACAACAGUGCAAACCCCGUUCAGCUGAAGCCUCCCCCGCCGCUGACCCUGGGGAAGACGACGCUGAGCCGCUCGGUGAGCAGCGACAACGUGAGCAAGGCCGGGCUGCCCAGCCCCGGCAGCGCCGCCCCCGGCAGCAGCAGCCAGGCCAGCGGCGGCAACGGCAGCGGCGGCUCCGCGGGGAACAGCGCGGGUGGCACCGGCAAAGCCGCGGCUGACACCGGCAACCAGCCGGCAUCCCUGAAGGGCCCGACCUCGCAGGAGUCCCAGCUCAACGCCAUGAAAAGGCUACAAAUGGUCAAGAAGAAAGCUGCUCAGAAGAAGCUCAAGAAGUAGUCUGGCUGCUUGCUGAUGUUUGUUGGCUGCGUUUCUGUGAGACAGUGCCGUCAGUGUUUUUCUUAAAAUCCCCCAGGUGCUGGAGUGAAAGAGGUUAAAUCAGGGAAGCCCAAACACUAUGCUAUACAGAAGGUCAGACUUUAAUAAUUGUAAUAUUCCUUCUGCCUUUGCAAGUCUGUGAAUUGAACACAUUAGAGGAAUUCAUUAUUACGUGCUCCUGGUUUUGUAGCUCAAAGCACUGAAACUUGAAAUUGUAAAAACUGGGUAUUUUUUAAUAUUAAAACCCCCACAUUUGUGUAGAUACUUAAUAAAUUGAACUUGCUGAAACCAUCGUUCUUAAAUGUUAAUAAUAAAAAGAUUAUUAAUCGGGGAA